UGUCUGCGUUCAGAUGAAGGAUUAAACUGGUCCCUAUCCUGAUAGCAUCUAGCACCGACACGCAUCCCAAACAUCAUACCGCAACUGUCCGUCCCGUCUGAAUCAGCCGGAUCCACCUGCUCCCUUCAUCCCGUGCUGGCUCUCCAUCGCUGGACCGCACCGGUCCACACCCCCGGACCGGACCGGUGUCCUUUCAAACCACGAGAUCAGUUCUCAUUGGUCCUGAUGGUUGUGAGGGCCCGCCUCCGCCACCUCUCAACCAGUCCGCACAAGAGAGAUGUGACAGCCAAUCACACGCUGAGAUUUCUGCAUUCUGGAGCUGUUCGGACACAAGCCACACCCAGUUAGAUGGAGGAGCGAGAAAGAAGCAGAAGUCGAUCUCCAGGCAGGGUCGGUCGGGUGGAGCAGGUGGUGGGGAAAUGGCUGCGCCGCUCUCGAGACUCUCUCAGCAGGGAGCGUAUUUUAGGAGGCAGGAGGUCGCGCUCUGGGGAUUCGGGCCAGCAGAACUUCCCUGUGAAGGUAACAGUGGAGGUGAUCAGAGACGCUGUCCUGGACUCCCAUGGAUUCACUCUCUCAUCACAGCACCCCCUGCUGGUCAGGGACGUCACUCCAGGAGGCCCAGCAGACGGUCAGCUUUUUCCUGGAGAUCAAAUCCUAAAAGUGAACAAUAAGGCCAUAGAAGAUCUUUCGCCUGAAAACGUGGAGCAGAUGAUUAGGGAUUGCCAGGACUCUGUAACCAUGACGAUCCUCAGAAAUAUGGCGAAUCCUAAGUCUUCAUUCAUAACCGCAGAGAAGAGAGCUCGUCUGAGAAGAAACCCCAUUAAAGUGCGCUUUGCAGAGGAGGUGGUCGUCAAUGGACACACUCAGGGAAACUCUCUUCUCUUCCUGCCCAACGUUUUGAAGGUGUACCUGGAGAACGGCCAGACCAAAGCCUUCAAAUUUCACAAGACCACCACUGUCAAGGAUAUCGUGUUGACUCUGAAAGAGAAGCUGUCCAUUCGAUGUAUUGAGCAUUUUGCACUGGUGCUAGAACAGCAAUAUAACAUCACCAAACUACUGCUGCUGCACGAGGAGGAGCUCAUACAAAAGGUGGCACAGAAGAAGGAUUCUCAUGACUACAGGUGUCUGUUCAGAGUCUGUUUCAUUCCCAGAAACCCAAUGGACCUCCUGCAGGAUGAUCCUGUAGCCUUUGAGUACCUCUUUCAGCAGAGUGUGGGAGAUGUGUUACAGGAACGCUACGCUGUAGAGAUGAAAUGUAACACAGCACUGAGACUAGCCGCUUUGCACAUGCACGAGACACUGGCGAGCUGUGGCCAGACGAUGAGAGCAUCUGUUAAGAGCAUUGUUGAGUGCAUUGAAUUGUGGGAUGCUGUAUUCUAUGCAGUGUGCUCUGGUUAUAUCCUGCACAUUUUAACAAAUGUAGUGGACAACUGGGUUUUCUAUGCCAACCAUAAAUUUGCAUACUGUGCACAUUAUACAUACUAUGUACUGCAGCAGUUGAAAGACCACUUUUCUUUUUCCUGUCCUUGUUUUUCUUACUUCAGUCAUAAUGAAAAUAUAUUUGUUUGUCUUUUCCAUUUACCUCUCUCACUCUUUCAGGUGAUUUCUGUGUCUCAGGCUCGUUUGGCUUAUCUGACCCAGAUGGCGGAGCUGAUUUCAUACAGCGGGAGAAGCUACAACGCCACCAUGCUGUUGCAGGACAAGGAGUCGUUGGUGAGUUUGCUGGUGGGAGCGAGAUAUGGGAUCAGCCAAAUACUAAACCACCAGCUCAACAUGAUCUCCACCAUCAUAGACUUCCACUACAUCACCCGAGUAGAGGUGCUCUCAGAGUCCGACAGAGUCAGCAUGCUCAAGAUUUACCUGCAGGACAUCCAGCCUAUAGCCUUGUUGAUGGAAUCCGUAGCAGCUAAAGAUCUGGCCUGCCUCCUGGCUGGAUACUGCAAACUGCUGGUGGACCCCAAUAUCAAUGUGUUCCGCUGGGGACCCAGACCUAAAAUGCGACGCAUUCCAGCAGAAGAAGGGUAUGUUUAUCGGUGUGGAAGUGAUUCAGGAGACAGUUCAGAGGAUGACUACGCCAUGGAGGGACUGCUGGACACUCAGCUGUCAGAGGACACUAUGUCCACUCAUACAAAUGAUGGCACGGAGGAAGGAGAGGAAGCUGAGGGGAAAAGUGAAGCAGAUGCAGAAAAGGUCAGAGUGAUUGUAAUGCAUCCCUUUUUAGAGGUCGAAGGAGAUGAGGCGAGCAAGAGAGAGUCUGUUGGAGAUGAGGAUUAUGCCAUGACAAUGGAUUCCCUUUUGGAGACAGGUUGGUACUCGGACCCUCGAGUCAACAGCAGCUUUUCCAGUUUGUCUAGUAACUCGCUAAAUGCACUGGAGGAGAGUAUUAAGGCAGCCAUUGGUGGGCUUGGUCAUAUGGAUGUGUCUCUGGAAGAGAAACCCAGUUCUGGUCUUGUCUCUGGUGCAUCGAGUCUGAAUGUCCACCACCCUUUCCUCCUGGAGGUGCCAGAGCAUUUGGAUGAGAGAGGCAGUUCAAACAAACUCAGACGACCUUCAGACCUGACCUACAAUGAUUACUCAGUUCUGCGCUUCUCUGAGCUCUCACAAAUGUCUGACAGCUUGCCAAGCCCACCUGCGGCCAGCGAUGAUGCAUUGAGUGAGGAGGAUGAGGAUGAUGAAGGAGGAGACAGUGGAAAAGACGGUCGCAUUUCCGCCAUGUCAGCAGAAUUUGAGGCUGUGUUAGCUUCUUGUACCCCUAACAGCAUAAAUGCUAAAUUAGCAGGAGUGAACUUUCAGGCACUCUUCACCAGGAUUCACAACCAUCCAGCAUGUAGACAAGAGAGAAACAGCUUCCCACAGAAAAAGACAAAUAAAGCUAAACAACAGGGACCAUCUUCAAAAUUAACAGCACAAUAUGUGCUGAUGAGAGCUGUGAACACAAAUGUCCCUGAAAAAUCAAAGGACUCCAGAGACAGUUGUUCAGAAUCUGAGGAUGAAUUUUUUGAUGCCCAAGAUCGAUUUACCCCUCCCAUCAAAGAGAAAUGCCUCACAGAGAAAACCUCAGAUUCUGAGAACAAACAUCCUUCUUUUAGUGACCUUAAGGUUAGUGUGGACAAGACAAAAGCUCCGGAAUCCAAAGACAAAAAAGAGAAGGACAGUGCCACACCAGAGAACCUCAAAGAAAACCCUUCUCUUGCCAACCAUUUCACCCCUGCAAUCCCUGAGUCUAAAAACCCUGAACUGGAGGUCCAUCAGCCCUCACUGAUUUUUCUCCCUAAACCUACACCUGUGGAACCUAAAUCUUUAUCUGCUAACCACUCCACGGGGCAGAAAGCCCAGCACUGCAAUGGAGACGUCCCUGGUCGAAAUCCACACUUAUCAUCGCAGCUUCUAGAGAUGGAGCCAGACACCAUGGAGUUUAAACCAGUCACAGGGCCUGGACCACCAAUGUCUUCCUCAUUAAUUACGGCUGUACGCCAAUCUGCCUUUCCCCAACAGACCUUAGUACACCCAGAGAAUGUUCAAAAUGGACCCAGACCACAAAAUGGAAUAUCUGACCAGGUCCCGGCCAGUCUAGAAAAAGAGAUUACUCCAAAUCAUGUGGAUCUUGAAGGACUUGACAGUCAAGAUAUUAAGCCAAAUCAGAAAGAGCCAACAAAUGCCAAAGGAACAACUGAAUUUGAGAAAAUAACAGCAGACAGCAAGAGUCCUCUACAACAACAAUCAUCAGACUCUCUUGAAACCAGAAAAUCAGAAAAUAAAGUGCCCCAGAUGAACACAAAGCCCCCAAUACCUCCCAAGCCAUCAUUCAUUGGUUUACAGCCAUCCACAAAGGCAGUUAAUGCCCAGUCACAAAAACCUGAGGAAAAGACAAAAGUUCCCCCCAAUGGUCUUUCUCUACACCCCUGGUCUCAGAGAAAUGGUACCAGUACCUCCCCACCCUCUACACUGAGUAAGGGUGUUUCUCUAAGUCAUGAGAACCUAAGAACUGAACUAAAGGCUGAAAGCUCUACAGUCAAACCGACAAGUGCUUCAACCACUCCUACCCCAUCUCCAUCUCCCUUACCUUCUCCUUCAGUUCAGUCUAUAAAUAUUGUUCCUGAAGAUCCAGCUCAAACUGGGACUAGCUUCCCCAGCAGAACAGGCUCGUCCGGACGUCUGUCUGCCACAGCCUUGCGGGGAAAAAUUCAGGAUAUGCCCUGGUACCUCACCCGUUCCCAAGAGAUCUUGGGGACAGUAGCACUCAGCAACACUAUUUCAUCGACAGGCAAUAAAACAACCAUUGCAACAGAUGUUAAUCAUGAAUCCAAGAAGGUAUCUCCCAAAGCCACUUCAGUGCCAUCUUUGAUUGACUGGAAAGAGAAAGAUGCUGAAGUAGUCAUUGUGAAGCUCAAAGAUGGACCUGAGGAAGUGACCCCAACUCCCGUGAAGGACACCAACAGGAAACCUCCAACAUCAUCAAGCCAUCCUGACCUGAGGCAGAAAUUGUCCACAGAAGCUAACGAGUUGCACAGGCAUUUUGGGACCUGCAGGUCCGAACAACCUCAGUCACACAAAGGUAACCCUUCAGAGAUUCGACUUGACAAUGAUUCUUCUCUAUCCUCCGCAAGUCCUUCCCAUCAUGAUGCAUGUGGCUGCCAUACCGUUUAUGCCAACUGUUUCAGCGGAGAUACAGAGGAAAACUGCAGCUUUGAUGAUGAUCUGACUGUUUAUGAGUUCUCCCGUCGAAACCGGAUCAGUAAACCACCUCAACCCACCCCGGUUCCUUCCCCUGCAACCCUCUCUGGUCCCUCACCAAAUGUUCUCUCCCUACUCAGAGAUUCCCCUCGUCCCCUAUCCUCAUCCUCAGAACUCAGUCCACUCCUGGUCCCACCCAGACCUCUGGAAUCUCUGCCUUUAGACCGUGGACCAAUAAAUAAUCCGCUCCACUUUCUGCAAGGCCACCAUUAUGCUACCGGUCAGAAAGGUACAGGGCUUAAAGACGGCUAUGCCUGUUUGCAGCGAGAUAUUGAUGAACUUCUUUUGGUUUUGAAGAAAGGACCUUCUGUAGUAUACCCUCCAACCCACAAGGGGGAAUGCGAAAAUGGCAAUGUGAAUGGGAAUUUGCUUUCAGAGACAGAAAGAUGCCUGGUUCAGGCAGAGGCACGGAGAUUGGCGUCAGGAUGUCAGAGAGCCACACGGGUAGGAUGGGCACCUGACGAUGCUCUUCUAUCCCUCGGUAACAGUUUUGGAGCUCUAGUGCAACUUACCUCAACCUGCAUGCGAGUUCCCUGUUCGGAUUGUGGAGGGUGUCAUGGGGAUAUUGAUGCAGAUGAGGCCUUGAGGAAGCUCGAGGAGAUUGUGGACCUGUAUAAGGAGUUUGUAGGUGCUGUAGAGACGGCUAGAGAGGGCGAAGGUGUCAGGCUCUUAGCCAAGCAGUGUACGGUUCUUAUUUCAACCGUCUUCUCACUAACACAACUGUUUCGGACACGAACACCAGACAUAGACAAUGGAAAUGUACCUCUGAACUUUUAAAUUUUACCUUCCGGCACCCUCUUAAGGGACUGUAGAGUGUGAGCAUAGAAUUGUACUUAACGUAGCGAUGCCUUUCUGGCAUCUAAAAACUUUUGUGUGCUGGCACACAAGAAUAAUAGUAAGUGCCGUGAACGUACACACACAGUAAGCAAACUAACAUGUCAGAACUGUUAUGUGUUAACCUGUUUGUCUUGCCAAGUCUCCCUAUAAAUGUAGUGGAAUUAUGCAUUCAGACAUAGCUAUUUUCUAACGGUUCUUUAAUUCCUGAUGUAUGUACAGUAUGUAGUAGGUAUUUAUUUUUUACAUAUAGUAUAUGCGCACCGUGGUUUCUAACCGACUAUACCUGUAUUUUGUUUGUUUUUUGUUGUUUUUUUGUUGGGUAUAUGUGAAUCCCUACCUCUUGCUCUAAUAACUGAGAUAAACAGUGUUAUGAAGCUUCACUUGUUUUCAUGUUUAGUUUAGUCAUGCUGCUCUUUACAGAUUGAAGGAAGAAAGUGAAUGGACACUCCACUAACCCCUAACAAUAGAUGCUGGGACAAACACUAAGAAGCCCAAAUACUUAUGCAGUAACGUUUCACAGGACUAUCCAAAGGACUUUCACUUCAUUUUGUCUAUGAUACCUUUCUGGCUGUAGAAUGAGAGUUGAUGGCAAUAGAAGUGCGGCAGUUUGGCAUUUUUCUACCUGUAUGUCGGUGUGUCAAGUUUGGCUUUUGAUGUUAGUUUUUAUAUUGGCCUACCAGCAGACUGUUAACCACAGAGAUCAGUGUGGUCCAAAGACAUAAUAGCACAAUUGGGGCAUUUACACAACAACAGUGUCAUUAUAUUACUGUAGCACCCUGUAAAACCAAUCCCAAUGAUAGCCAAACCACACAAUUUCUCACUCGUCUGUCAUUUUUGACUAUGCAAGCAUCACGAUUUGUAUCCACAUUUUUCCACAUAUUAUACUUUCUUAAAUUUUAUACAUAUUAAUACAUACAUAAUUUUCCAUUUGUUAUGAAUCACUAAUAUUUCGCUUUAGAGGACUUCCCUGACAAACCUAGGCCUUAUAUUUUAUCUUGGAAGAUUGUUGUGAAAGCUUGUUUGAUUGCAUCAUUAUGCAAAUACAGCGUAUAUAUUUAUUUUGCCUUCUGUUUAUUUAAACAAAAGGUUCAGUUGGAAAUGUUCUUUCUUCCACUUUUGUAAGUGGUGAACAGCACCAUAUUUAGCAUACAUUAAAUAGUUUACUCAUUAGUAAAAAUCAUCUUUGAGUAAGGCCAGAAACAUACUCCAUGCAAGUAUGUGAAUGCAAAUUCUUCUGGCGAAACCAGCUCAAUUUCAUUGCGUAACACAUAAUGCAGAGCAAGUUGCGUUGCCUUCUUUGCAAUAUUGCAGUGGGUGGUGUAGUGAGCACUGGCAUAAACUGCCUACUAUCAUGGCAGAGGAAACUCUUGCCGAGCAUGUUUAAAGCUGGCUACCUGAAUAAAAACACAUCUGAAGACAUCUGAAGCCUCCUUGAGUGCUGAGUUUGUUUAGAACUGCACAAUUGCAAUGCAUCGUUCAAGCCUUCAAAUCUGCAUUUCUGCACUUGCAUGGAAUGUUUCUGGUCUAAGAAUGACGAUUUUAGAUUUGGCUGUCAUAUUCACAAAAAAUAUGAUUGGGGAGACUAUAAAAGAUCUACGCUUGGAAUUUUGAAUACUUGAGCCCUGGUGAUUCAGUUGCCCUUUGUUCCUGAUCUCAGACCAGUAUUUUGUCGUAGAAAGGUAAAGGGUGAAAAUUCUCACUGGCUGUUUCUAGAUCAGGUUUCAAAAGGCAACAUGCACCUACAAUACAUAAACAAUUAAGUUGCCCAGAUCACAUGACCAAACUUGAGGUCAGUGGAUGGAUUAUGACAUCAUCCUUGUUCAGUUCAAUUACUUGACAUUAGAGAAGUGCUUACAGAUGGCAAGAAUAUCACCCAAAUUGGACACAUCCCUCCCAAUAAACACACAGACUGCCAGAUUGUGGUUAUCAAGUCAGAAAGCUAGUUUGCAUGAAGAGAAACGUCAUGAGAAGGUAAGAGACAAAUAUGUUGUUAUUAUUCAGUCUUUUCAAAGGAACCAUUUUGAUAUCGAACUAUCAGAGAGCAAACUUAUUUCUGUAUUAAAUCUUCCUGUCAUAUGAAGGUUCUAAGAAUGACGAAGACUAAAUGGAACUGCCUUUGCAUUUGAAGCAAAUAUGAAGCAAAAAAAACGAUAAGGGCCAUUUGUAUUGAGAUGUAUGCAGACGAUUGUGUUUCAAAGUGCACAAAAUAAAAUCUUAAAUGUGGCUGUACAUGAAUAUAAAGGCAAAUAUGUGAAUGAAAUGAGAAGGGACAAUCGAGAAUCUGGUUUGCAUUCCCUCUACUGUGUUCAUGAUAAUAAAGGUUUGAUUUUGAAUGACAAAUACUGUGGAUCUAAUGCAUUUUUUUGUGUUGUGUGGCUUUUUCAUUUUCUUUUAG